AUGGCGACAGGUUCUCGUGUUCUGAUCGGUCUAGCAAUGAUCCUCAUAAUCUCAGAACUGCUAGUUCCAGGGCAAGGAACGUGCCAAGGAGACAUCGAGGGUCUGAUGAGAGAAUGUGCUGUCUACGUCCAGCGUCCAGGCCCAAAGGUAAACCCAUCCGCAGCAUGCUGCAAAGUCGUUAAGAGAUCAGACAUCCCCUGUGCAUGUGGCCGUAUCACACCCUCGGUUCAAAAGAUGAUAGACAUGAAUAAGGUUGUUCUUGUCACUUCCUUUUGUGGGAGGCCUCUCGCUCAUGGUACCAAGUGUGGAAGCUACGUUGUGCCAUGA